AUGAACGACCACUUGUCCUUGCACUUUGAAGAGAUAAACUCGGUGGCAGGAUCCCCGCCUCCUGUUGGUACCGGUAAUAGCGCCACCAAGGUUAUCUCUCCAAAGUGCGAGGACAAGUGGUCGUUCAUCUUGGAGCUCUAUAACGAGCCACCAGCAGCAACAGCAGCAGCAGCAGCAGCAGCCGUCUGGACCUUCACCGGCGCCGGCGCCUCCGGCAGCGGCAUCGGCAGCACCAGCACCAGCACCAGCACCAGCAGCGGCGGCAGCGGCUACGACAGCGUCGACAGCGGCAUUGGCAGCAGUGGCAGUGAUAAUGUAGACAGUCUUACUAUGGACUUGGGGCUGGGGUUCAGCGCGCAGAGCAGCAUCCACACGCCGCCGACAAAAGACUGGCUGGCGACAGACGCUUUGUUCGGAAUGGACUUUUGGGGGACUUCGGAAGGAUUGAAUUAAUUUACCUUACCUUACCUUACCCUACCGUCGGGUGUGUUGAUGAUUUCUCUCUACCGCCGUCGUUCCUCAAGAUGUGCGGCAUUAUUUACUUCGGCAUGUUUGAUUUUGGGGCGUUUUACUUUCAUGGCGCGUGUUUGUCUACCGGAACUUCGCAUCAGAUGAAGUAUUUCCUACCGUCAUAUCAUCGGGAUUUUGGUUUUUCUUGUUUGGUGAGGAGGAAGAGGGAGCAAGGCAAGGGGCCUGCAUUUUGACUGUAACAAUGUUGUAAGAUGUGAUGUGUUUACUUGUGCGUGCCUUUUUAAGGCGCACAUAUGAGCCUAACUCAACGUGUGUCAAACCAUCCGACAUGGUGCGGAGUUGGGGGGGCGAUAUGUCGUGUCAUCACGUGGAGGGCACUCAGCAACGGCGGGCAUGGUUCAAUUUUUGUAGGUCAGGUGCCAGCGGUGUGUGUGUAAGAGAGGUGUGUGCUUGAGAGAGAUGUGCAGAGGUGAAACGUACCGGUAUCCUAUCACUUAGUGUAAUUCAACGUGUGUUUGUGAAACCAUCCAACAUGGGCCACGGGGUGUGGGAAGGGGUAUGGAGUGUGGACACGAGGUGAUUAGUCUUGCAGAUCAUUGUGAGUGCAUUCAGCACAAGAGAGGAUUGAGAACAUUUGUGGUUGCGCGAUGUGUGAGUUAGGCUAGGGUGGCAAGUAAAGACUAGAACCAAUCGUGCAGUUCAACCUGCGAUAUAACCGCAAAAUAGGUUGGGGAAGAAGGGUGGAUACUUGACGUUUUAGUGCACGAUGCUGCUGUCGGGUCAAACCGAGAGUGCCUUCAGUACUGUGAGGGGGGGGUUGGGUCGAGAAUCUAUGUGGUUGGAAAAUAUGCGGUUUAGUGCCUAUGGCCAAAAGAGGCUUCAGCCUAGAAAAUAUUCCAGCAUGUGAUGUCAUCCAAAACGUUUGGAGGAGGGCGGGGAGGAGAGGUCGUGAGUUGAACAAUUGUUCGGACCACAUGGAGUGCAAUCGGCAGCACGGACAUGCAACACGAAUGUACAAGUGGGUUCGGAACGUAUGUCACGUAUGUGUGGUUGCGAGAGACGUUUGCUUGUUUUCUCCAUCGACCUUGCUAGUGACCGGACCAUUGCAAAUAGGUCCUUUCUAUGGGGGGACACCGAACACACACCACACGCUUUGCAUGUUGUUAGUGCGAGAAUGUAGA